UCAAAGACAACGAAUGUACCAUAUUACAACUGACAAAGUGCAGCUCGGUAAAAUAAUAGGAAGGGGCAGUUGAGUAAAACAAACCCACGUUUUUAGAAUAACUUGUCAAACAAUUAGCAUUUGGAUUAGCUGGAGAUAACGGUCCUCCAUUUGGACGGAGAACAGACACUUUUCUCUCGCUAAAACGCGGGGGAGCUCUAAUCGAGGACUCCGUGACAUCGCAUCGCUUGACUUUUUAAGGUGUAGUGAACAAUAAUGGGUUAUGUUUGCGGAUGAUCAAGAGGAGUCGGGCGUCUUGAGCUUAACGUCGGACACAUGAAUAUUUGCCAUGCCACUUGGGAUGGCUCUGAUCUCAGCCCUGCUCAUCCUCCUACUGAUCACCACCUCGUACUCCCUCGACGUCCGCACUUAUCCACGCUUUUCCAGAAAUGACACUUCUUUUGAGCACCUGGUCCUGCACCCGGACCCCUCUGUGGGCACUGUCUACGUGGGGGCCAGGGACCACCUCUUCCAACUGGACGGCCUAGACGGCCUGCGUCUGGAGCAUGAGGAGAGGACCGGCCCUGUGACUGAUAGUAAGGAGUGUCUUCCCCCUGUCACCGAGGCCAACUGCCCCCAGGCCCGGCGCACCUCCAACCACAACAAGCUGCUCCUAGUGGACCCCUCAGCCAUGGAGCUCAUCACCUGUGGUAACGUCCACCAGGGCACCUGCCAGAAGCGCAGCCUGACCUCUGUGAAGGAGGUGCUGUUCUCCACAGAGAGGCCGGUGGACACCCAGUACGUGGCGGCCAACGAUCCGGAGGUGUCCACAGUGGGGCUGGUGGUGGGGCCCCGAGGCGGGGAGCGGGCCGUGCUCUACGUGGGGCGUGGUUACACAAGCAGCCAUCCGCCCAUCUCCACACGCCAUCUGGCCCACGAGCCUGUGUUCUCUUACGAGGAGACGGCCAAGCUGGCCGUAGCGGGAAGGCUCUCGGAGUACGACCACCAUUUUGUAGCCGCUUUCGCUCGCCGUGGGCAUGUGUACUUCUUGUUCUAUCGCCGUGACAUUAAGGCUGUGUCGCGGGAAUACCGUACGUAUGCUGCCCGUGUGUGUCUGGAUGACACCUCCUACUACUCCUAUGUAGAGGUACCGCUGGUGUGUCACUCCUCCUCUGCCUCCUCCCCAGAGAGGAACUACAACCUCCUGCAGGCGGCCCAGGUGGGUCAGGGGGGUGACAGAGAGGGGGAGGCCCUGCUGGGGGUCUUCUCCACCCGGGUCAGCUCUUCCAACGGGCCCUCCGAGGACUCCGCUCUGUGUGUGUACCCCCUGGACGAGCUGGACAGACUCAUCGACUCCACACGAGACCUGUGCUACACGCUGGAUGGCCAGGUGAAGGGAGGAGGCGAGGUGGCCUACAUAGAGUAUGAGGUCAAGUCCAGCUGUGCCAACUUACCUACGAACACCCUAAAGGCUUAUCCCUGUGGCUCUGACCACACCCCCAGUCCAAUGGCCAGCAGGGUACCCAUGGAAGCUGAGGCAGUAUUGGACAGCCCAUCUGCCCGUCUCACUGCUGUGGCUGUCAGUGUGAGGGCUGGGCACACCAUUGCCUUUUUAGGAGACUCUAAAGGGAAUUUGCACAAGGUGUUCCUAGGCUCUGGAGGCAGGGUGGAGAUGUACUCCUCCAUGCUCCUCCAGCCCAACUCGCCCAUCAGCAGUGACCUCCUGCUGGACCAGACGGAGACGCACAUCUACAUCAUGACCAGCACAAUGGUGGAGAAGCGACCGGUGGCAGAGUGUGGAGAUCACCUGGACUGUCAGUCCUGUCUUUCAGCCCGAGACCCUUACUGUGGCUGGUGUGUUCUGGAGGGCAGGUGUGGCCAGCGCUCACAGUGCAGUCGGGGGGCUCUGCAGGGCCAGUGGUUGUGGAGCUUUGACUACCAGCAGCAGCAGUGUCUCGGUAUCCAAUCCCUGAGCCUGUAUAACAUCAGCCGUGGAGAGGAGACAGACAUUGCUGUGUCAGUGAAGGGGUUGCCCAGUCUAGUGCAAGGCGAAGCAUACAGCUGUUUCUACCAGGAUGUGGAACGUCUGGCCACUGUCACAGACACUGGUGUGACCUGCUCUACUCCCGACGCCAGCAGGCUGCCUCCCAUUGGCCAGGGAGAAGACUCAGUCACCAUCCCCCUGUCCCUUCGCUUCCUCAAUGUGACAGUGGCUGCUCGGGAGUUCACCUUCUUUGACUGUGGUGUGGUCCAACAGCUCUCUGGACUCAUGCCGUGCAGAGGGUGUGUGAGCAGCCGCUGGGGCUGUAACUGGUGUAUUCACCAGCACAUGUGCACCAAUAAAAUCUCCUGUGAUGAGGGAGUCACAAUUUACAACCAACACUUCAAACCACCAACAUUCACUCCCCCAGCAACCAAACAAUCUGACACUGUAACUCCAACUCUCCCGGCUGCUCCAACACUCCCACCCACAGAGACAUCUGUUAGAACCACUCCCCCAGUCACGGCCAGCACACCUGUACCCCCAUCCACCACACCCACCACUCCCGAGCCAACCGCAGUCCCCACCACCCUCUCACCAACCAUCGCCGCCACCACCACACCCUCAACCACACUGGCCACUCAGGCUACCACUGCAACACUGGAGGUGACAACCAGUCUGCAGGCAGGGACACGGACCACCGCUGGAGAGACCUCAGUGGAUAGAGACAGGAGCCUCCCCAGGACUACUGUUGGAACAGGGGAGACAGAGCAGACAACAGUCACCAGGGUUGAGCUGCUAGACUGGACCGAGCCUUCAGAAACUGUGGCUCCUAGUAGCACAAAUGGACUGACCGACACUGACCUCACUGUGACGGAGCCCUCCUCUGACACCACCUCUAGUGGUGUCCCCCUGUUAAUGGACCUGCCCACUGGCUCUGACGGAGAUGACGUCCGCCUGGCCCCCUCUGAAGGUACAGACUCACCCCCCUGGACUAAGGAAUGGGAGAAAGGGGAGGGCGAGACAGAGAUGGACCCUCCAACAUCCUCUGCAACAGUGCCUUCUGGAGAUGACCAAAACCAGCCCUCUCAAUCCUUUACCCUCUCACCUGACCCUGACUCUGACUCUUCACCAGACUACCAGUCUGACUCCUCUGAAUUUGAUCUGCCGGACUGCCCGUGUGUGGAGAAGGUCCAGGGCUCCUCUCUCGUUCCUGUUAAUGUGGACCGGAAGAUCACUCUGGUGGGACGCCACCUUCACCUCUUCCAGGAUGAGGAUCUGGACUAUGAGUGUGUGCUGACCAUCGAGGGGCGGUCAGUGGUGGUCGACGCGUACGUGGAGCCAGACGACACCCAGCCCUCUCUCUACUUCAUCACCUGCCAGCUCCACCAGUAUGCCUAUACUGCCUUUGCAGAGGAGUACAAUGCCAUGAUCAAUGUGAAGAGGAGAAACACCUUUCAGAUUGAUAGUGCUGACGACCUUCAUGUGACGUUGUUUAACUGCUCUGUGGGCCGGUCAGACUGCAGCCGGUGUCGUACAGCUGAUCAGAAGUACGGCUGUGUGUGGUGCGGGGGAGCUCGCUCCAGAUGCAGUUACCAGGACUCCUGCGCUGGCGAGAUCAAGCAGUCCUGCCCAGCACCCGUCAUCCACUUAAUUGAGCCCAUCUCUGGACCAGUAGAAGGUGGUACUGUGGUGACCAUCUCAGGCUCCAAUCUUGGACAGAAAGCUGAAGACAUCCAGAACGCUGUCACUAUAGCUGCUGUCCCCUGCACGGUCAUCAAGAGUAGAUAUGAGAUCUCCUCAAGGAUUGUGUGUGAGACCACAGCCAGUGGGGGAGAGAAGAGUGGCCAGGCCUCAGUCGAGGUGAGAGGAGGAGGACUUGGACUCUCCGGUCAAAGGUUCAGCUUCCAGGACCCGGCUCUGAUUGGGAUAGCCCCUCAUAAGGGGCCCAAGGCCGGGGGCUCAGCGUUGACCAUAAUGGGCCAGAGCCUGAAGACUGGACACCCCAGUGAGGUCAGCGUGCUGAUUGGAGGAGUCUCAUGCCUCAUCUCCUCUGAGGUCGAGGAUGACCAGAUUACAUGUACGACCGGGGGCAGCAACAGAACUGGAGAGCAUGGAAUCACGGUCCGAUUUGGUAGAGCAGAGCGCCAUCUACAGGGAGAGAUCUAUCAUUACACCUCAGACCCUAACAUAACCAUGGCUGCACCCUCCAAAAGCUUCCUCAGUGGUGGAAGAAUGAUCCGUGUGUCUGGACAAAACCUGGAUGUAGUACAGGAGCCCCGAAUCCGGGUGACCCUUAGUCCUCUGGAGUCCCUUUCUCCGGGGAGGAGGAUGAGGAGGAGCAGCAGAGAUGGAGAGAGACGCAGAGAAAUCCCACUCAAGAGGCAAAGACGGAUAGUUCCUGAGCCAGACUGUCCUGAAGACGCACUCUGUAUCGUCAAACAGUUUGAGACGAGUUGUGCAGUGAGCAGCUCCUCUCUGAUGCUGUGCCCUACGCCUGCCGUGGGGACGGAGGCCCACCAUGCUCGGGUCAAGGUGGACUUCCUAAUGGAUAACCUGCACUUUGACUUCAACUCUGUGGGCAGCGGUGCUUUCAGCUACGAGCUCAACCCCAGGCUGUACCCACUGAACCAGAAUGACCCCAGCAAACCCUACCACCACAAACCUGGCAGCAUCAUCUCUGUUGAGGGGGAGAACCUGGACCUGGCCAUCUUUAAGGAGGAGGUGGUGGCUCUGAUCGGGGAAGGGGUAUGCUCUGUGAAGACCUUGACCCAUAACCACCUCUACUGUGAGCCUCCAUCCCAGCAGCCCUCUGUGAUGGCCAGCAAGAAGCAGGAGGGCAUUGAUUCUCUCCCCGAGUUCACUGUCCAGAUGGGGAACCUGAACUUCUCUCUGGGCAGAGUGCAGUAUGACACCCAAGGCCAGUCCACCUUCCCCCUGGAGGCCCAGGUGGGCGUAGGGGUGGGGACCUCCAUCGUAGCCCUCAUCGUCGUCAUCAUAGUGCUCAUAUACAGGAGGAAGAGCAAACAGGCCGUGAGGGACUACAAGAAGGUCCAGAUUCAGCUGGAGAAUCUGGAGACCAGUGUGAGGGACCGCUGCAAGAAAGAGUUCACAGACCUGAUGACUGAGAUGAUGGACUGUUCAAGUGACCUGGUGGGUUCUGGUAUCCCUUUCCUGGACUACAAGGCGUAUGCAGAGCGCAUUUUCUUCCCUGGCCACCGGGAGUCGCCACUGAGGCGAGAUUUGGACGUGCCCGAGUGCCGUAGACAGACGGUGGAGCAGGGACUGGUUCAACUGUCCAACCUCCUCAACAGCAAACUAUUCCUCACCAAGUUCAUCCACACCCUGGAGGUGCAGCGGACCUUCUCCCCUCGGGACCGGGCCUACGUGGCCUCCCUGCUCACCGUUGCCCUGCAUGGGAAGCUGGAGUACUUCACUGACAUCCUCAAGACUCUACUCAAUGACCUGGUGGUGCAGUACGUGGCCAAGAACCCCAAACUCAUGCUCCGAAGAACUGAAUCAGUGGUGGAGAAGCUCCUGACCAACUGGAUGUCUAUUUGUCUGUUCACCUUCCUGAGGGAUACUGCAGGGGAGUCCUUCUACAUGCUGUUCAGAGCCAUUAAACACCAGGUGGACAAGGGACCAGUGGACGCCGUGACAGGAAAGGCCAAGUAUACACUCAACGACAACAGGCUGCUCCGCGAGGACAUAGAGUACAAAACCCUGACGCUGAAUGUCCUCAUGCCAGCGACAGGCAACGGUGGCGUGCCCCAGACCGCUCCUGCCAAGGUGCUGGACUGUGACACCAUAACCCAGGUGAAGGAGAAGGUCCUGGAGCAGGCAUGGAAGGGCAUGUCCUUCUCCCAGAGGCCCCACGCAGACUCUCUCCACCUGGAGUGGCGUGCGGGCAUGGCAGGUCACCUGAUCCUGUCAGACGAGGACCUAACGUCGGUGGUGCAGGGCUCCUGGAAACGCCUCAACACCCUGCAGCACUACAAGGUUCCGGAUGGAGCCACUGUUGCACUGGUACCCCGGAACUCCAAACACAUCCACAAUGACAACCAUGACUACUUUCCUGGAGAGAAGACGCCCAUGUUGGACGAUGCGGACGAGGGAGGCGUGAAGCUCUGGCACCUGGUGAAAGCCAAUGAGGAACCAGACCUGCCCAAACACAGGCGUGGUAGUCUGAGAGAGCGGGAGAGAGAGAGGGCCAAGGCCAUCCCCGAGAUCUACCUCACACGCCUACUCUCCAUGAAGGGCACACUGCAGAAGUUUGUGGAUGACUUGUUCACAGUGAUCCUGAGCACUAACCAGCCAGUUCCCAUGGCUGUCAAGUACUUCUUUGACCUGCUGGAUGAGCAGGCUCUGCAGCACAACAUUACAGACUCUGAGACCAUCCACAUCUGGAAGACUAACAGUUUACCCCUGAGGUUCUGGAUCAACAUCCUGAAGAACCCCCAGUUCAUCUUUGACGUUCAGGCAUCAGACCAUGUGGAUGCUGUGCUGUCUGUCAUAGCCCAGACCUUCAUGGACUCCUGUACCAUCGCAGAGCACAAGCUGGGCAGGGACUCUCCUAUCAACAAGUUGUUGUAUGCCAGAGAUAUCCCACGGUACAAGCAGAUGGUAGAGAGAUACUAUGCAGACAUCAGGCAGACCAUUUCUGCCAGUGACCAGGAAAUGAAUUCUGCUCUUGCAGAACUGUCUCGAAAUUAUGCUGGUGAGGUGAACUACCUUGUGGCCCUGCAUGAGCUGUACAAGUACAUCAACAAGUACUACGAUCAGAUCAUCACUGCUCUAGAGGAGGACCCUACAGCUCAGAAGAUGCAGUUGGGCUACAGGCUCCAGCAGAUCGCGGCUGCCGUGGAGAAUAAAGUCACAGACCUAUGAUAAGAGUGGCCCUGAGACGGGACAGGCCGAGACCCUGAGGAAAAGACAGCUGCUGAGAGGAGUAGUCUGAAAUGAAAAUAAUGUGUGAAAAGGAAAAAGACUCAGUGAAAGGAACCUUGUGCAUACAGGGUGUGAUUUCCCUCUCUUUUUGGCAGACUGAAGGAAGCAAAGAAGGUUGAGGGGCACUCAAAGUGGUGCCCUUCUCUUUUGGCCAUAUCCGUGUGGAGUUACUGUGCGUAGAUUCUCCUGACGAGCUGCACAGGACAUUUCCAUAGCAACCUGACUCCAUUUAUCCGCUACUACUCAGUGUGUAGAUACAUAGACAUCCUGAGUAAGUGAGCAAAGCCCUGUUGAACUCUCUGGACUGCUGCAGAGUUUCUGCAACACAAACUCAACGUCUUACUGGGAGGAAAUGGAUGGAUAAAUCUUACAGCACUAACAUUUAUUGAAUAGCACUUAGUGCAUUGACGCUAUUGUCAUUCACUUGCUAAUGCCUUCUGUUCCUUGAAUCAUGUUUUCAAAGUCUUACUUUUCUGGUAUAACUAUCCUUUGCAGACAAUGUGUGAGGUAGUAUUGUCUUCACUCUUCCUUUUCACUCCCCAUCAAUGUCUAUGUCGAUCCACAAACAUUUUUCUGCUUCAUGUAGUUGGACACUAAAGAACAGACUGCUUUCAAUACAUUGUGAAAAUGUUAGGUACUCCAUGUGCUGGCUUUUAUGAUCACCCAGAUUUGAUAUUGUCUGAUUUGAAUGUUCCUUUCCAAAAUUAUGUGUAAUGUACAAGUAAUUUUUUUGCAUUUCUCAUGGUAAUUCUACGGUUCCCUAUAAUUGCAGUAGCCAAGCUGAUAUUUUCCGUCCUAAUGCUGAGAUAAUGAUAGACAUCUCUAGCCUAAACCUCCAGAGAGAAAUCUCAGCUAGUUCAUGUUAAAUCUGCAGAAUGUUCCCUUCUCUUAGCACUGUGCCAGACUUCACUACUACACUACACAUUAUCUUUAAAUGGCAGACCAGAAGGUGCUCUCAGAUAAGGUGUAUUUUGUGAGCACAGGAUCUAGUAAUCAAACACAACAAUUCACAGAACAGAAUGUUUGUUUUAGAAAAUGGAUGGUUAUGAUGUAAAGGAAGUUUGAAGUUGUGACCAAUAUGACAUUUUCUGUCAACACUGUGGGAUGCGACAACUAACAAUCAACAGUUGUUCCGGUUCACAGGUUAUUCGACACUGAUUAUUUGAACAAAUCACGAAUUAGCAGGGUGUGCGUGUCUUUCGAAAUUCGGAAGGGGGGGGUGACAUUUGGCCCAUAGACUUGAAAGAAACUUAUAGAGAAAGGGGGUGGAGCUACCGUUCUACUUCCACUCCUCAUUCUAGUAUCUGACGCAAUUACUUGAGAUUUUAGUUCUGGGUGUCCGAGAUUCGUAUAGUUUUAAAGGUUGAGCGAAAUGAGUUUGAGAUUGGCAAUAUAAUAUUGUUUAUCUCAUAAAAGCGUGACAUGUUUUUAGUCUCAACAAUGAAUCCUUUUGCCCAAGACUUCAUCACUGACCUCUUUAUGACUGAAAUUAAACGGUAGCCCUAUUGUUUGAGUUUCACUAAUACAACAUUUUAACCCUCAAGCUACUGACUGGGGUCAUUUUGACCCCAUAGGCGUAUUUGUUAUCAUAGCCCAAAGGUGGUUUAUAAAAUUCUUCAAAUUUGCCAUGACUUUGUCAAUUAACUUGUUCUUAACAAAUCUAAAUCCCAUGUUUAGUGUUUCUGUAUCAUUAUAGGGGUCAUUCCACCAAGUCGAUGCCUUUUUGGAUGUGUAAUUUUGUGAAAACAAAUGUUCGAUUUCACUUCAUUUUAACAUUCUGUCAUAAAGAGCACAUGUUCAACUUAAUUAAAAAAUGUGUUUUCCCAUCUCAAUA